AUGUUCGCCGGCCAGGGACCCUCUCCAGCUCAGAUGGCGCUCGCCAAGCAACAGGCCCGCCUCUCGAUCCGCCAGUUCCUCAUCACCAUCGGCCUCCUCCGUGCCGCACCCUUCGCAUGGACAUACGUUGCAAGGCUGUGGAAGUAG